AUGGAUCUCUCCUCAACCGCAACUGUGCCUCCCGAAGCCGGGAAAGGAGGCAAAAAAGAGAUUCCUAGGGACAAAGAGCAACGAGAACAGAGCCCCUUAGAGGAGCCGGAAGGGUUGAGCCACAAGAUAUGUCGGAAAAAUAGAGGAGAACCAAUUCUAGAUGAAAAAGACUCUGCUGAAGCUGCUGGUGACGGUGACGGUGGCGGGAUGGGAGAGGGGCAACAAGGAAAAGAAGGUGCUGGAAGUACUGCAACUUCUGAGAACAAGUCGCACAAGACCAAGAGCAAGCAAAAGAAGAUGUCACCCACAGAGAUCUUACUUGCCAAUCGUGCUGCAAAGAAAGCUCCGAUUGCUGAGGCUUCAGAACUCGCUACCAGAGGUGAGUUCAUCGUCGAAUAUCCCAAGCGCCUCGAUAACAUCUGGGACCGGUUAACUUGUGAACAACCAGUCGGCGACUCGAUCAAUCGGACUAGUGCUCCACCACUCUUUCGUAUUCUCCCAGAUCACGAUGUGGAAGGCGUAGACAUUCCAGUUGCUGGCAGUGAAAAAGAUGCUUCUAGUAUCGCAGAAGCUGGUGUCGUGUCUGGAGCAGGAGCAGCUCCUACUACUGGUUCAUCUGGUACGGUUAAAAGCAAAGACAAACUGAUUCUCCGUCUUUUGCAGCGAAGAGCCAGCUUCCCACCAAAUCGUGCGCGUCUUGCAGAUCUUUUCAGCCGACAAACGCAGUGCAGGCCGAAUUCAAAAGUCGACUGCUUUAUCGCAACUGCCGAGAACCAGACGACCUUUUUGCAUCAUCUCCAAGAUUAAGGGUCACGAUAGUUCAUCUUCAAGACAGGAAUGAAAUGUAAGUCUAAAUGAAUGAAAAAAUCGACGAGGAUGAGAAAGUUCAUUACUAGAAAUUCUCUCACUAAAGCACGACCUCCUUGUGUGAACUCUGAGAAUUAUAUUAUGUGGGUAGAAGAUGAACCUGAACCAUUGUGCUGAGCUCUAAGGAGACAAGAAACCUGGGACACAUUUGAUCUACGAUGUGAAGUCGAAUUCGUGGGCCGCGUGUGAGAAAAAUCCAGCAGGUCGAUUGCGUUGCGCGAAAAUGCCUGUAACACAGUUUCCAGUCUUACCAAUUUUCCCUUCUAAGGGUGAUGAUUGGUCUUGGGCUAUUCCAAAUCGUCUCUAUGGUUUCCAAAAAGCUUUGCAUGACGCGUGUACUGGAGGAAAUGUGGUCAAAGAUGUCAAAGAAGAUUCUUCACAGAGCAAUCUGCCUGAAACGCAGUGCAUAAAAGACAUAGGAGGUGAAGAUAAGCUAGGAAUAUGCAUGGUCACGGAUCAUAUUUUCCGUGUGGCAGCAAAAAUUGCGGCAUCCGAAGAACAUCACGCGGAAGGUGGCGCGUCGCCAGCUGCUCCGUUUGUCGAUCUCUCGGAUACUUAUGGAGGAUGGUUUAUCGUUUCUUGUUUGCCUUUAUUGCUGUUGCUUUUACUCAAUACAGUUUUUUGUUGAACUAUAAUACAAAGACAUGAUGAUUGAUGGAGAUUGACCACACGCAGACGAGAUCAUUUGUUGAUAAUGAAGAUGGAUUUACGGAAGAACGUUUUGAUUCACUCCUACGCACUAUUCCUAAUCUACAUAUUGCUAUACAACUUGUUCUAAUCCCCCAAGCUGUGGGCAGCAGCUCGAAAGGAACUUGCACGUGACCCGGAACAGGUCGCGUGUCGAAACGCCAAUGAAGUCUGGGUCAUUCCUGAACGUGGCAGGGACUUGACUGUGGGUUCACAAGUCGAAGUUUUUGACCGUUCUCGGAAACCCAAAGUCGGCGAGUGGCUACGUGGCAAAGUCGAAGCAAUUCUGGGCAAAAAGGAUGGAGGUGACGACGAGGAAGAAGCAAAUACGAAUCAUGGUGGAGAGCAGGAUGAAGACGGAGGUGAGACAUCAGGUGGUGAUGAAGAGAACAAUAAGGGUCCUUUCUUCACCUCCUUAGGAGAACCUUGUCCGGAAGAGGGUUGUGUGCGAGUCAGGUUCUUCAACCAGGAUGGAACAGAAAGGAAAGAUUUGAACAGGUCUCCGAAUCGCGUUUAUCCUGUUGACAUGCCAAAAAGAUUUAGAAUCGCGCAGGAGAUGGUUUGAUUCUAGUUUCUUGUGCCACUGCUCGCCUCUAGCUCUAGG